GGAUUACUUGAACAAGCCUCAAGUUAAUCCCCAAGAAAGAAAAUAACUUUGAAUUUAUACCUAAGAUGAACAACCUCAAUCUUGUAAAAUUCAAUCCAAGCUUUCUCCCUUUUGCUCUCUCAAAAUCGGGUGCAAGGGUUAUAACAUAAUGAAGAGGCAAAAAAUCGGAAAUAUAUAUAUGUACCGGGGCGCCUAGGCGCCACUCUAGGCGCCAACAUUCUGCCUGGUUCACAAUCGGCAGAAACCAGUUGGGCGCCUAGGCGCCUGGACAUGGCGCCUAGGCGCUGCUUCUUCUCAGCUUCUCUUCUCACAAUUCUUAAUAUCAGCUAUCCCUUCCGGUUAAAAGGGAAUCCAGAAAGCUGUGGUGAUUCCAGCUAUGAACUAGUUUGUGAAAACAAUACAACCUCACUUUAUCUAAACUCUCAAAAGUACCAUGUGCAAGCCAUCGAUUACCAAAAUUUUACUAUUCAUCUUGUUGAUGCUGCUUUAGAAAAUGACACUUGCUCCUUUCCUCAGUAUUCUAUGUUUCGAUACAACCUCUCUGAAAAUUAUCCUUAUAGUGUCUACACCUACAACUCAUCUAAAUCACGUGUCUUGCAUAAAAUAAGCGGGCCUAUUACUUUAAUGAGCUGCCCAUAUCCCAUAAAUUCUGCUUUCUUUUUGGAAACUGUUCAUUGUGGCAACAGGGUCUUUGAUUCAAAUGCUUCACACAGAAGACACACGUAUAUUAAGGUUGGCAAUUUGAAUGCAUCAGAUGUAAGAGAGAUGUGCAGUUUAGAUCUCAUAGUGAUGACAUCGUGGCCAUUUAAGGAUGUCAAUAAUCUUUUGCUCUCAGACAUCCAUAGCGCUCUGCUAUAUGGAUUUGAGCUUUCAUGGUUCACUGUGACGAUUAGCUAUUGCAAAAGGAGACUAUAUUGCCCUAUUUGUUAUGAGAAGGGGUCUCCACGCUUCUGCUCCGGUAAGAUUUAAAGGUUACUAUACUUAUAAAUGUAUAUGAUAAAAUUAGUGAUGCCUAUUUCUAAAAGAAACUAGACUGUCUUGGGCAGCAAGGUGAUUUAAGUUGACACUUGUACUCGUUAUCCAAUAUUCCUUUUUCUGAUGAUUUAUUAAUGUGUAGAGGUCAUAACAUCUCACCAUAUAUAAUUAACAUAUGUAUCGGUCUUGCAACAAUUUACAAUCAUCCACUACUUCCGUAGUUAAAUGCAAUUCGACUUCAACGUCCUUACAUUCGAAAAGUUUCUUUAAACUCUUUUCUGACGAUGUUUGGUUGUAGGCAUUGCAGACUACAGUAUUGGUCAGCGGAUUAGCAACAUAAUUUAUGGGAAAGAUCCUUUCACAUUCUCUUUUCUUUAUCUCGAUUUAGGUUACAGUAUUACAAUCCUCAAACUACAAAAAUGUUUAUAAGAAAUUGUCUUGCAAUAUUUGAAAAAUUUUAUGCACAUUGCAGCCAGAAAUAUUUUGUUUUUAAGAACUUGGGCAAUGCCAUGAUAGAUCUUAAAGAUGUCAUGUUACUUUCAGAUUGCAUGCACGAAUCAGUUCAACAUAUUAUAUUCUGACCAUUUUUAUUACCAUAGAGCAAGUUUCAUUUCCACAAUUCAAGUGCCAACUUUAUAAACAAAAAUAUUAUAUUCUAACCAUUUCUAUUACAGUUGCAGUAUCAUGCAUGAAUGUAUUUCUGCCUCAUUUUCCCCCUAACUUCAGUCACUUUUCUUCUGCACGCAUAUAAGAAGUAAGGAAAUUAGAGCAUGGUCUAUAGAAGUUGAAGUUUGAAUUUAAAAUCAAAUUAUCCCUUCUUAUCUGGUUUCAAAGGCUAUGGGUCAAGUCAGCCCACUUGAAGCCAACUUGAAGAACCCUGACACAUUUUUCCAACAUAUAAAUGUAAAGAAAGAAUUCCUGGAAGUAUUACGUCUUUGCUAAAUAAUUUUCUAACUAGUCUUCUCAUUUCUGAAUGAACAGUGAUCAACCUUGCAUUGAGGAUCUUAAUAGGAAUUCCAUUCAUGUUCGGAUUAUUUGUCUAUAAACUGAGAAGAAGACAUUUAUCAAUGUUUAAUGAAACAGAAAAUUUUCUGCGCAAUUAGAAUAACCUAAUACCCAUCAGUUACUCUUAUUCA